AGAGGGGGGCCGCCCCAACCACCGUCCCGGCUUACCUCUACCCGUACCAGUCAUGUGAGCACCUCUUAACUAAACACACACACACACUCACCCAACCCCAGUAUGCCCUGUAGCCCUGCGUGCAACCUAACCUUGUAACUGACGUGAAUAUGGACCCGCCCCGCCCUAACCCUACCCCGCCCCCCUCCUCAAACCCAGGCUGUCCAAAGAUGUUGACAGGACGGAGAAAACAGGCCAAACCUCAGAGAACACCAGUUGAAACCGACUGCACAACCGACAGCGGUGUAGACAGCGAACCCUCACCGUCCAGUCCAGACUCCGACACGGGGUCAGGAUCUCCCCAUCCAACUGAGGGGUCAGAUUCGCCCUUCCCAGACCGAACAGAUUCACCCCAACCCUUGCCAAGCUACCCGGGAGAUAAUUCCAAACCUAUCCUACAGGAGAGAUCAGACGAUGUAUCCAAACUCUCAGUUCAAUGUGAAACCCUGAGAACCCCUGAGUCCAAUCAAAACUUGAACAAAAAGGAAGUUCAAAUAAUUAUGACUCCGAACAACAGCUCCCUUCAGUCCAAUUAUAAUGGAAGUUUAAGCUCCCUGGAGCCAGGCCUGGAGGAUGAUAAGAUGGAGACCGUGGAAGCUCUAUUGAGCCUAAGCGACACUUCUCGAAGUCCCGGAGGAAGUCCUGACAAAACCAUGAUAACCAUCCUGCCAGCACACAACCCGGAUAAUGAGUGUGUUGUGUGUGGACUCUGUGGAGUACCUCUGGUCUCCCUUGAGCCCCAUACCUGCUCCUCUCCUCCUCAACCCUACCCUACUCAACCCUCUACCCUCAACUGGAAAUCAUCUGGUUCAAACCUCUCAACACAACUACAAGAGUUCUCUGCAGAUACUCAAGUGCAGUGUUCGGUGUGCAAGAAGGAGUUUGCAAAUGUGUAUAGGUUGCAAAGACACAUGAUAAGCCAUGAUGACUCCGCGGUCCAGAGGAGAUUUAAAUGUACAGAUUGUGGAAAAGCUUUUAAGUUUAAGCACCACUUGAAGGAGCAUGUCAGAAUCCAUACUGGAGACAAACCCUUUGAGUGUAACUUCUGUGGAAAAAGGUUUUCUCAUUCUGGUUCCUACUCCUCGCAUAUGACGUCCAGGAAGUGUCAAGGAGGGAAACCUUCCUCAAACGAUGAAUCCACCAGCUUUAAGAUGGAAAAUACGUAUGAAAACCUCCACUGUAGCUCCGACGACCUCCAUUCUCCAGUCCAGGACGGUCCGAUUUCAUUCGCCAAGAAGCUUUCAAUCAUUCCUGAAUCUUUUCCGGAUAGAUUUCAGUCCUCACCUUCUCCCACUCCAGAUUCUAGUUCUAAGCCUAUCCAAGAUCUUAAACAUAGUUUUCCGUCCUUCCUUCUCCCUCAUUCUCUCGGUCUAGGUAACCUUCUAAAAACAGAAGAACCACAAGGAGUGUUAGACCGACUACACUUAACUUCACUCCUCUGUGGACUGCAGAGACCGGAGACAAGAAAACCUGCCAUGGCAGAGGCUUUACUCGCCAACAUGAGCCUAAUAAACGGAUUGAACGGAGGAAUACUGAACCCUGAAACUGGAAACCUUAGAACCUUACUGGAGCAUGUAAAUCUUGCUGUUACAAGAUCCCUCCUAGAGGAUAACCUCCUCAGAUGGAAUUCGAUGAUCCCUCGACCUUGGCCGGCUCCGGAGAAACUAGGUUUACGGCACAAUAGCUACGACAGUGACGGAAUAAGUGACGAAGAUACAUUAUACAUAGAACCGGAUAUUGAGAUGACUGAAAAGGAAGAGAAAAAGAGCCGAGUUCGAUCUUUGAUAUCUGAGGAGCAGUUAGGAAUUUUAAGAAGCUGUUACAAGAUCAAUCCUAUGCCAAGGAAGGAAGAACUGCUCCAAAUCGCUGAUACAAUAGGACAUCCUUACAAGGUUGUCAAGGUCUGGUUUCAAAACUCCCGAGCCCGGGAUAGAAGAGAAGGAAAGCAUCCUGUAUCGUCCUCUCCGAAAUAUCCAACCCCUCCACCGUCUAUUGGUUCUAUACUCCAGUCUCCGGGUAGUACUCCACCACCUGGAGCUAAACGAGAUCUGAUUCCACUAGACCUGAUACACCGGAGAGAUAACCUGCCCCUGGACCUUACAACCAAGCAGCAACUAAGUCCGAGUUCAACCCCACCUCCCCUUGUAGUUGCCGAGCAGGAGAACACCCAGGAGGAGUUCUUUAUGAAGCAGGAGGAGGAAGAGGAAGAUGAGGAAGAGGAAGAUGAAUAUUGUAACAAACGAAGUUUCGAGCAAAUGAUCCGGGAAAAGCUGGUAAAUUUAACUCCAGAUCGAGACGUGGUUGAGUCUGUUCUACGAAGGGAUGUAAGACCAGAGGAAGAUCAGUCCGGACUAUUUAAUUGUGAUCAGUGCGAUAAAACAUUUACUAAAAAGAGUUCAAUAACAAGACACAAAUAUGAGCAUUCAGACCUACGUCCACAUAAAUGUGCUGAAUGUGACAAGGCUUUCAAACAUAAACACCAUCUCACCGAGCACAGACGACUUCAUAGUGGGGAGAAACCGUUCCAGUGUCCUAAAUGCCUGAAAAGGUUUUCUCAUUCUGGAUCCUACUCCCAGCAUAUUAAUCAUAGGUUUUCCUACUGCAAACCCGCCAACUUGCCAAACCAAACCAUCAAGCAGGAAACCAUGGAAAACUUGGUUAAUUGAAUACGGUAAAUUUAUCUGUGGCUAAAAUCUGUGAAAUGGUUUUAAAAUGCAUUUUUGGAGAAUUUUGCCAAACUACCAGUUACUGAGCGUCAAAACAAAGUCUUCGAUGAUGGCAUUAUUUUCCUACAUAUUAUAAAUAUAUUUAAGCAAAAAAUUAUUUUUUGCACUUGUGCCAAAAUCUUUCCGAUCUCGAUGUCCGAGGUCGAGCAAAUCCUUCCUCAGCGACAGAUGUGAUGAGUUGAUGAUUACUCUAUGCAACCUUCAGAUCCCUCUAGCGGGGGUUUUGGAAGCUAGAUCUAAUUCUAGCAAAGGGGGAUUUGAAAUUAGCGUUCUAAUUAAAAUCAAAAUAAGUAUUCCCAGGUUUUCAUUGUUCUUCUAUUUGUAAGUAUGAUAGUACGCAAAGUGGAGGAGGAUUUUCUAGCAUAAAGUAACUGGACGCUUUUUUCAGACCCCCCCAUACGUUUUAUAGUUAUUAUUUCUGUGUUAUAUAUAUAUAUAAAUAGUAUACUCUGAGAAAUAUGUGAAUUCAUAUGUGCCAAUUAUGUAAAAAUACUCAUCGUAUAGUUUAUAGUUAUUUAUCCAAAAAGAUUGAUGUAAAAAUGAGCAACUAAAACAAAAUGGUUAACUACAACAAUGAUCAUGCAAAUGUGUUACAAACAAUUUAGAUAUGAAAUUAAAUGAACAUAAAUGAAAAUUUCAAAAACCACCAAUUAUUAAUAUUUUUUAUAAUAUGAAACUUGUUACAGCCGCGCCAAAGACAUAAAAAAGAUUAUAAUCCUAAAAUUCUAUGCUUUCUUCAUCAAUGCUUCUUUUAAUACCGCUUUAAUUCAAUUUUUCUGCUUUCGCCAUGUUAACAUUAUAUAGAAUAUCGUCUAAGCUGGACUGGGAGCUACAAAAGAUCAAGUCUAGUCAUCUGUCAACUUUCGAGCCUAAUAUAUUCAAUGCAACUCAGUGAAAAUACCAGUUAAACAAUCAGGCCUCGUUUUAGAAAAGGCAUAAUUUCUUUCAGCUGUAUAUUGUUCAAAUUAAAAAUAAUUCGAAAUAUUUUUGAAACCGUUGAUAUUAAUCAUUUUGGGAUUUCGGGCAUUAUCCUUGUGUACAUAGGGAAGAUGAAUCUCAAAAUAGAGCAAUAUUUUUCAUUUUAUAAGUUUUCUCUCUGUGUGCUUCUUCAAAUGUGAAAUCUCACGCAAAUGUAGUCCAAAAAUGUCGGUGCUCGCAAUUCCAUGAGAUUUAUACUGCUCUUCUCAGCUCAAAUAUUCAUGUACACUAGCUAUGUACACUGUCUGCAGUACACUGCACUUCACCAUUCCAGUAUACAUAGAGACGUUUUUUACGCAGUGAUGGCUUUAAAUAAAAUAUACAGUUUAUA